GCAGUAACACCGUGGUUGCGCAGUCGCUCGAGGCUUGUGGUCGCAGGGGGUGCCAAACCAUACCAUCGCGCGCACGAUGUGCUGGUGAAGGUGGGGUGUGCGCAGGUGUUGCAGGCGAAGUUCUCGUACGGAAGCGUGUACAGUGAGUUGGUUGGGGAGAAGGUCGAGGUGUCUGUGCUGACGGAUCCGCCCCACGGCAAAUGGAAGAGUUUGGGCACGGUCAUGUAA